AUAGGAACGAGCCGAUCCGUUCGUCACGCGGAAAAUCAAAGUUGUUGUGGGAGCGCGUGUGUGUGCCAGCGCACAGGAAACCUGUCCGGCGGGUGCAUGCGAGAGGAUCGAGACGGCGAGGAGGAGAAGUGGACGGACCUACCGGCACCAGCCCCUCCUCAAAUAAAACCCCUACCGUAGCAAAAAUAAGAAGCCCCGCCGCACCCCACCCCCGACACACACGGGAUAUCGCAUUAUCGCGAUGAAAGAUGACUUGACAGUUGCAAACUACAGCUCUACCUCGUCAGACCGUGGCGAUGUUUAAACCUCUGCGUGCAUAGUCGCCCCCCCCCCCCUCCUCCCCCCCUUGUCCCUCUGGCACCGUGGACGUCUCCAUUCGGGUUUCGCUUGCCGAAGGAGCGUUUUGCUGAACCGAUAUGACGGAGAUCAGCGAAAAGGAGAACGAACCACAGAACCUUCACCGCCCGCCACAGGCCACCGUGCCCAGCCAGCCCGAGACCAAGUUACAGCGGUUAAAGCGCUCCCUGUCUUUCAAGUCAGUCAUGCGCAGCAAGAGCGUGGACAACUUCUUCCAGCGCAGCAACGGCGAUCCCCGCCCUCCCUCCGCCCGCGUCGCCUCGCCUGCACCCCCGCAGUCUCCCCCGCCCGUCCCCGAGUCCCCCCUGGCCUACGAGCGCUCUCCGUCGCAUUCGCCGUCGACCAGCCCCGACCCCUCGUUGUCCUCGCGCUCGCCUGCCGCCAGCCCCUCGAAGUCGAUGAGCUCCAAGGCCCAGCCCAAGGCGCAGCCGCAGGCGGCGAAGACCCACUGCUUCCAGGAGCACGUCUUCCGUCGGCCCGCCAACUGCCAGCGGUGCAAACACAUGAUCCAAGGGAACUCCAAGCAGGGACUGCGUUGUAAAGCCUGUAAGCUGCCGGCGCACCUCUGGUGCUCGUCGGAGCUCUCCCAGCAGCCCUGUAAUGGCAAGACUGGAGCCUUCAAGAGGAACUUCAGCUCUCCGCUGUUGACCAGCGACGCGCUGGGCGUGGUCAUCGAGGCUCCCGCCGCCCAAGAGGCGGAUCAUGGCAUCGUCGACCCCGUGUAUGAGGCCCUGCGCUACGGCACGUCGCUGGCUCACCUGAGCCGCUCCAGCUUCAGCAGUAUCUCCGAGUCGCCCUGUCACGAGGCGGAAAAACUGCAAGACAAACUAGAAAACCAGCCGAUAGCUGAAGAGGAACACAUCCCCGGAAUGCUCACCCCUCCGGAAAGUGAAAAGGCUGAUUCAGAAGACAGAGUCAGCCUGAAGACUCCUAAGAAAGUAGAGGUCCACUCCAUCCACACAUAUGCGGCUCUCUACAAGUUUCUGCCUCAGGAGAAGAAUGACUUGGAACUACAGCCAGGAGACAGAAUCCAAGUCACCGAUGACUCCAACGAGGACUGGUGGAAGGGGAAAAGCAGAGACAAGGUGGGUUUGUUCCCGGCCAACUUUGUGCAGCGGGUCCGCCCCGGUGAGCGCGUGUGGAAGGUCACAGAUGGUUUCCACGGCAACCGAGACAAAGGCCAGAUGACUGUGAAAGAGGCCCAGAUCUGUGUGGGGAAGAACGAGGAGAUUGACGGUUUCCUCCGGCUGAGCAGCGGGAAGAAGAGAGGCUCGGUCCCCGUGAAGAACCUGCUGGAAAUAUGACCGCGGAGCGCUUCUCCUUGACCCCGAAGAAGAACCUCGCUAUGACGGAGGUGCACUCAGGAGUGUGUAGCCGACACCUCACUGACCGCCAAACACUCACCGCCCCCCCCCCCCCCCCCCAACCCCUCCAAAAAGAGGCCGUGACUCUGCAGCCUGAGUGGACAACCAGCCACAAAUGAGCUUUCGCCCGCAGAAGCUUUUAAGACUUUAAAGGAGGGUGGCGGCUCCCUCAGAGCUACUCAUGUUGUAGCACAACUUUACACCUUGCGUGUUUUCUUUUCUUUUUUUUUUAAUCACACUCACAACAGAAAUGUAGCAUCACGCUGAAGAGGAUGGUUUUGCAGGAUGUCGGGCUCCCUCUCUCGCCAUUUUGCCCCUCUGCGAAUACCGGGGGAGAGGACUAAACCUUACUUUGAGCGGUGCGCGAGCAAAGGCUUGUGAGCAAACUCACUCACUGUCACUGUUUGCUGUUGAGAGGCCCGAGAGCUUUGUGAAAGAAUGUAGCUGUCUAUGGUAGUGGCCUGUGUGCUAAACUUUUAGCGACGUGGUUUGGUAGAUGUAGCCGAGGGGAUACGUCACCGUUGAUCUCAUUUUGUGUGUGCGGAACGCAGCUCACGCUGUGUACACGUCUGCCUUGUGGCUUUAUGAUUUGCACAUGUGUUACUCCUGCUCCGUCUAGAAAAUGAUUCAGGUAAUUACACUGUGUGUAUGUAAAGAUUUUAAAAAUUGUCUUCUAUGCUACACCUCGAUCCAAUGAAAGUCAUAACACACACACACACACACACACGCGCGCUGGGAUUUUCUAUGUUUCAACCUGCUCUCCAGUGAUUAGAUUAUCGUGCACAUUAGGCUCUUCACAGCUCCGAUGUGACGAAUGCGUAGCGAGCGCCUCCGGGAGCUUUUUCCUUUCUUAAGGCGUCCUUCAACCACACUUAACCUACACGCAUUUGUGCAGCUCACGCCCCAUAAAACUCUAAAAUGCACCACCGGAAUGUGCUUGUUGUCAUCACGUCGUUAGCAUGUUUAUCUCUUUGUUGAGUUCUGUAAUAUUUUUGUUGCACUACAAAUUGAGGAUGGUGUGAUUUCUUGACUUUCGGACGCUUUCCUUGCACGGAAUAGCACAGCGAGGAAAUACUUCGUCAUUCUGGAUGAUGGAUGAGAAAAAGUUAUGCAGCAGUUAUGUAUCAAGAAAGUGGUGAAGGCCAUUCAGACGUUGAGUCCCUCGGAAGGUCACGUUCACAUCUUGGGCUGUCUAAAGUUUGCUGAAUUCUUUCUGAAUGGCUUUUAUCUCUUGCAGCACAUUUGAUUACUUGAAUGGAACUCUAAGGGACUGUUAUUGUUUCUGUUAUUUUAAGUCUAAAAGGCAAAAUCAACGCACACUAUGUGAUUUAUUGCUCAUUAUGAACCAUAAGGCGACGACAAGUUGCAGCAAUAACUGUAAAUAAAGGUAUGACAGUAUUUGUAAAUAGCCUUAUAUAUGCUCUGAAUAGCUCUCUAUCCAUGAGGUUUGCAGCUAUCCGUGAGCCAACUAAGGGCAUUAAUCUCAGUUAUAAAUUACAGGAGAUCAUUAUUUAUUGUCCCACUUACCAAUGUAUGCAUCACUUUGCUCGAUUACCAUUCAGCCGAGUCAGCACAACUCUUUUCAAAUACUAUGCACAACAGUUCUAGUCACUCACUUUAUUUUGUACUCGGCUUAUUUCUUGUGGAGCCACAACUGUGUCUUUAUAAACCUUUGCUUUUGCAACAAUUCUAAUUGGGAAUCCAUCCUUUACAAAGUGCUAAUGCUAAACAUUACCUUCUCUGGCUAGAACCAAUAUUGGCUCAGGAUCAGUGUUACCCAGGUGAGUUCCCUUUCUCACCUUAAUGCACACUACCAGGCUAGUUCUUUGCAUGGCUAGCUGCCCUUUGAUCCUCACAGCGCUCAAUAAAGUCAGACAAACUGUCAAACCGUGUGCUCUUUUAAUUGAGAAAGACUGUUCCUCUGUUCUGUUCUUUGUCUUGCUCUGUCAAACUAUAUUAUUCACCUCAUAAAUAUUGGAAUUACUGUUAAGCCAACAAUGGCAGAAGUAAACAAGCAAGACCAGAGUAUAGAAAUACUGCUUUGCAACUAAAAGUUGUGCAUUCAAAGAUUUUCUGAAGUGAAGAUACUAAAAUGUUGCCAAAAAAAUUAUUUUCAAAGUAUUAUAGUAAAGUAAUCAUGUCUUCUGGACCUUUUCAUUGUUAUAUAAUUCAUUAUUAUCUUUAUUG